ACCAUGAAGCUUGUCAACAUCUGGCUGCUUCUGCUCGUGGUCUUGCUCUGUGGGAAGAAGCGAUUGGGUGACAGGCUGGAGAAGAAGGCCCCGUGUGCUGGCUGCUCCCACCUGACUCUGCGGGUGGAGUUCUCGUCGACAGUGGUGGAGUACGAAUAUAUCGUGGCUUUCAAUGGAUACUUUACAGCCAAAGCUCGGAAUUCGUUCAUUUCAAGUGCUCUGAAGAGCAGUGAAAUAGACAACUGGAGAGUCAUACCUAGGAACAACCCUUGCAGUGACUACCCGAGUGACUUCGAGGUGAUUCAGAUAAAAGAGAAGCAGAAAGCAGGGCUGCUGACUCUCGAAGGACAUCCAAACAUCAAGCGUGUCACUCCCCAGCGCAGGGUCUUUCGUUCCCUUAAGUACGCGGAAUCUGACCCCAUCGUGCCCUGCAAUGACACCAGGUGGAGCCAGAAGUGGCAGUCAUCCCGUCCCCUUCGAAGGGCAAGUCUCUCCCUGGGCUCUGGAUUCUGGCACGCGACUGGCAGACACUCGAGCAGACGGCUGCUGAGGGCCAUUCCUCGGCAGGUCGCCCAGACCCUGCAGGCUGACGUGCUUUGGCAGAUGGGCUACACAGGCGCUAGCGUCAGAGUGGCUGUUUUUGACACUGGGCUGAGCGAGAAGCAUCCCCACUUCAAGAACGUGAAGGAGAGGACCAACUGGACCAACGAGCGGACGCUUGACGACGGGCUGGGCCACGGCACCUUUGUGGCAGGAGUGAUAGCCAGUAUGAGGGAGUGCCAGGGCUUUGCUCCCGACGCAGAACUUCACAUUUUCAGGGUCUUCACCAAUAACCAGGUGUCCUAUACCUCGUGGUUCUUGGAUGCCUUCAACUAUGCCAUCUUGAAGAAGAUCGAUGUGUUAAACCUCAGCAUCGGCGGCCCUGACUUCAUGGACCACCCCUUUGUUGACAAGGUGUGGGAACUAACAGCCAACAACGUCAUCAUGGUUUCUGCUAUUGGCAACGACGGGCCUCUUUAUGGCACGCUGAACAACCCUGCCGACCAGAUGGAUGUGAUCGGAGUAGGUGGCAUCGACUUUGAAGAUAACAUCGCCCGCUUUUCCUCCAGGGGAAUGACGACCUGGGAACUACCCGGUGGUUACGGUCGUGUGAAGCCUGAUAUCGUCACCUACGGUGCUGGAGUGAGGGGUUCCGGCGUGAAAGGGGGCUGCCGGGCCCUCUCGGGGACCAGCGUAGCUUCUCCAGUGGUCGCGGGUGCUGUGACCUUGCUGGUCAGCACCGUCCAGAAACGUGAGCUGGUGAACCCUGCCAGUGUGAAGCAGGCCCUCAUAGCGUCUGCCCGGAGGCUCCCUGGUGUCAAUAUGUUCGAGCAAGGCCAUGGCAAGCUUGACCUGCUGAGAGCCUACCAGAUCCUCAACAGCUACAAGCCCCAGGCAAGUUUGAGCCCCAGCUACAUAGAUCUGACCGAGUGUCCCUACAUGUGGCCCUACUGCUCACAGCCCAUCUACUACGGAGGGAUGCCCACAAUCGUGAACGUCACCAUCCUCAACGGCAUGGGAGUCACGGGAAGAAUUAUCGAUAAGCCUGACUGGCAGCCCUACCUGCCCCAGAACGGAGACAACAUCGAGGUCGCUUUCUCCUACUCCUCAGUACUGUGGCCGUGGUCGGGCUACCUGGCCAUCUCUAUUUCUGUCACCAAGAAAGCGGCUUCCUGGGAAGGCAUUGCCCAAGGUCAUGUGAUGAUUACCGUGGCCUCCCCAGCAGAGAUGGAAUCACAACAUGGUACCGAGCAGACUUCCACAGUGAAGCUCCCCAUCAAGGUGAAGGUCAUCCCCACACCGCCUCGAAGCAAGCGGGUUCUCUGGGACCAGUACCAUAACCUGCGCUACCCGCCCGGCUAUUUCCCCAGGGACAACUUAAGGAUGAAGAACGACCCUCUGGACUGGAACGGCGACCACAUCCACACGAACUUCAGGGACAUGUACCAACAUCUGAGGAGCAUGGGCUACUUUGUGGAGGUCCUUGGUGCCCCCUUCACGUGCUUUGAUGCUAAUCAGUACGGAACGCUGCUGAUGGUGGACAGCGAGGAGGAGUACUUCCCUGAAGAGAUUGCCAAGCUGAGGAGGGACGUGGACAAUGGCCUCUCGCUCAUUGUCUUCAGUGAUUGGUACAACACCUCCGUUAUGAGAAAAGUGAAGUUUUAUGAUGAAAACACAAGACAGUGGUGGAUGCCGGACACGGGAGGCGCCAACGUCCCAGCGCUCAAUGAGCUGCUCUCGGUCUGGAACAUGGCGUUCAGCGACGGCCUGUACGAAGGGGACUUUACCCUGGCAAACCAUGACAUGUAUUACGCGUCAGGGUGCAGCAUCGCCAAGUUCCCAGAAGACGGCAUAGUGAUCAUGCAGACGUUCAAGGACCAAGGGUUGGAGGUGUUAAAGCAGGAGACGGCGCUGGUUGAAAAUGUCCCCAUCUUAGGCCUUUAUCAGAUCCCGUCUGAGGGUGGAGGCCGGAUUGUGCUAUACGGGGACUCCAACUGCUUGGAUGACAGUCACCGGCAGAAGGACUGCUUUUGGCUGCUGGACGCUCUCCUUCAGUACACAUCGUAUGGGGUGACCCCUCCCAGCCUCAGUCAUUCCGGAAACCGGCAGCGCCCGCCAAGCGGAGUGGGCUCCAUCACCCCAGAGAGGAUGGAAGGAAACCACCUGCACCGGUACUCCAAGGUCCUCGAGGCCCACCUAGGAGACCCGAAGCCCCGAGCGCUGCCUGCCUGCCCACACCUGUCCUGGGCCAAGCCACAGCCCCUGAAUGAGACGGCUCCCAGUAACCUUUGGAAACAUCAAAAGUUACUCUCUAUUGACCUGGACAAAGUGGCGUUGCCCAACUUCAGAUCAAACCGCCCUCAAGUGCGACCAUUGUCUCCCGGGGAGAGUGGUGCCUGGGACAUUCCAGGAGGGAUCAUGCCUGGCCGCUACAAUCAGGAGGUGGGCCAGACCAUUCCCGUCUUUGCCUUCCUGGGAGCUAUGGUGGUCCUGGCCUUCUUCGUGGUACAAAUCAACAAGGCCAAGAGCAGGCCCAAGCGGAGGAAGCCCAGGGUGAAGCGCCCCCAGCUCAUGCAGCAGGCGCACCCCCCAAAGACCCCGUCCGUGUGA